AUGUUCACUCUAUGCAUCGUUCCUACUGCCAACCUAUGCAAGCCCUAUUUCGAGCCCGUCUAUGACGAGAAUAAUGAUGAAGGCGGUGCCCCCGUGCAAUACCCUAGUGAUGCUGAUCUCCUCUUAUUGUUGAAUGGAAUUAUCACAUAUGGUGGUACUAGUCUGAUACUGGGUGGACCCAACGAUGAGAAUUCCCUCCCCCACUCCUUGAUGCUGGUCAUACUGGUCACUAUGGUUAUGUCUGGUAUUAAUACGCACUAG